AUGGCUUAUGCAAACACCACCAAAUUCAAGCUCAACACCGGCGCCGAGAUCCCCGCCAUUGGGUUUGGGACAUGGCAGGACAAAGAGUUCCAAGAAGAUGCCGUCUACGAGGCUUUGAAGGCUGGCUACCGUCACAUUGACACAGCAAGAGUCUACGGUACAGAACCCGCCGUCGCCGGAGGCAUCAAAAAGAGUGGCCUUCCACGGCAAGAGCUUUUCAUAACUAGCAAGUUGUGGAACAACUCUCAUCAUCCAGACGAUGUGGAGAAGGCUUGCGAUGCAUCGCUGAAAGACCUCAACACCGAUUACCUCGACCUCUACCUCAUCCAUUGGCCAUCACCGUUCGUCCGUGGUGACAAAAUGUUUCCAAAGGACAAGGUCGGCAAGCCGAUGGUUGGUGACACCGAUUAUGUCGAUACCUAUAAAGCAAUGGAAAAGCUCGUCGAAAAGGGCAAAUGCAAAGCGAUCGGCAUCUCCAACUUCUCCAAAGGCGAGCUCGAAAGACUUCUCAAAGAAGCCUCCAUCCCCCCUGCCGCACACCAAAUUGAGUGCCAUCCUUACCUCGCGCAGCAUUCCUUCGACGCUUUCCACAAACAAAAGAACAUCCACAUCACACAAUACUCGCCGUUCGGCAACCAGAACGAGUUCUACAGCUCCGGCAAGGAUAUCGGCAAGCUGAUCGACGAUCCCAUACUCGCCGAGAUUGGUAAGAAGUACAACAAGAGUGGUGCACAGGUCGCAUUGGCAUGGGGUAUUGCACACGGCAGGUCUGUUAUUCCUAAGUCGAAGACUCCAAGCAGGAUUAAGUCGAAUCUGGAGGGAGACUUCAAGCUGGAUCCUGGGGACGUGCAGAAGAUUGAUGAAAUGGACAAAAAGAUACGAUUCAAUGAUUCAUCGGAGGACUUUGGCUGGAAUUUCUUUACUGACCUUGAUGGGAAGAAAUAG